GUCCUACUCGGUCCCAGCGGAGGUGAAGGACGUGGUUGCCCAGGAGCGGGUGAGAAGCACAGAGUCGAGGCAGAGGGACCAGCUAAGGGGCCCCUGGAAAGACUGACCAAUCGCAGGCAGAAAGAUGAACGCUCUGUGGGCGGUGGUGGUGGUGACCUUCCUGGCAGGAUGCCAGGCCAAGGUGGAACCAGCGCUGGAGCUGGAGGCAGGCGAGCUGACCGAGUGGCAGACGGGCCAGCCCUGGGAGCAGGCCCUGGGUCGCUUCUGGGAUUACCUGCGCUGGGUGCAGACGCUGUCUAACCAGGUGCAGGAGGAGCUGCUCAGCUCCCAGGUCACGCAGGAACUGACGGUGCUGAUGGAGGAGACCAUGAAGGAGGUGAAGGCCUACAAGUUGGAGCUGGAGGAACAGAUGAGCCCGAUGGCCGAGGAGACGCGGGCCCGGCUGUCCAAGGAGCUGCAGGCGGCGCAGGCCCGGCUGGGACAGGACAUGCAGGACUUGCGCGGCCGCCUGGAGCAGUACUGCAGCGAGGCGCAGGCCGUGCUGGGCCAGAACACGGAGGAGCUGCGGGCGCGCCUCGCCGCCCACCUGCGCAAGCUGCGCAAGCGGCUGCUCCGCGACGCUGAGGACCUGCAGAAGCGCCUGGCCGUCUACCAGGCCGGGGCCCGCGAGGGCGCCGAGCGUGGCGUGAGCGCCAUCCGCGAGCGCCUCCGGCCGCUGGUGGAGCGGGGUCGCACGCGCGCCGCCACCGUGGGCACCCUGGCCAGCCAGCCGCUGCGGGAGCGGGCCCAGGCCUGGGGCGAGCGGCUGCGCGCAGGGCUGGAGGAGAUGGGCGCCCGGGGCCGCGACCGCCUGGACGAGGUGCGCGAGCAGCUGGAGGAGGUGCGGGCCAAGGUGGAGGAGCAGGCCGCCCAGUUGCGCCUGCAGGCCGAGGCCUUCGAGUCCCGGCUCAAGAGCUGGUUCACGCCGCUGGUGGAAGACAUGCAGCGCCAGUGGGCCGGGCUGGUGGAGAAGCUGCAGGCGGCCGUGCAGAGCCCCACCGCCACUCCUGAGCCCAGCACGAAUCACUGAGCACCCCCGCGUGCCACCUGGCGCGCCCCACUCCUGCCCCGUGCCCUCUGCCUCUGCUCAGCCCGCAGCCGUGGCCCUGUCCCCGCCCUGGCUGUCCUGGUGGGCCCCAGCUUAAUAAAGAUUCAUCUAGCUUCACAGCA